AUGCACCAUUCUCAGUUGGCGCCACUGCCCAUUGACCUGCCGUUCCGGAUAGUCUCCAAGACUUUUGGACAGGGUGCUUAUGCGAGUCUCAAGAAAGCAUGCCCUCUGAAUGCCGACAACCCGGUCUUCGCCGUCAAGUUCAUCAACAAAGAUUACGCCGCCCGCCAUGGCAAAAUCAGUCCACGACAGCUAUUGAUGGAAGCUACGGUGCACAAACACAUUGGUGACCACUAUAAUAUAAUUUCCUUCUUCCAGACGGGGGAGGACGGCGCGUGGCGGUGGAUCGCAAUGGAGCUCGCCGAAGGAGGGGAUCUGUUCGACAAGAUCGAGGCCGACGAGGGUGUCGGCGAGGACAUUGGCCAUGUAUAUUUCUCCCAGCUCAUCAGCGCUGUUGGUUACAUGCACUCCAAGGGCGUGGGACAUCGGGACAUCAAACCGGAGAAUAUCCUCCUGACGGCGGAUGGGAAUCUGAAAAUCGCGGACUUUGGCCUCGCGACACUUUUCGAAUACAAGGGCGGCACAAAGCUGUCUACGACUUUCUGUGGUAGUCCGCCUUAUAUUGCUCCCGAAGUGAUUACCUGCAGUACUCGAAACCAGGUGAAAGGAGAGGGAUACCGGCCCGAUGUGGCAGACGUCUGGUCUUGUGGGAUUGUCCUUUUUGUCCUUUUGGCUGGAAAUACGCCCUGGGACAGUCCGACAGAGGACAGUUACGAAUUUCACGAAUAUGUUACGACUAAUGCCCGUACAUCCGACGAGCUAUGGCAGAAACUGCCCACCGCGACACUAUCACUGCUUCGCGGUAUAUUGAACAUCGAUCCACAGAGCCGAUUUUCGUUGGAGGAUGUCCGAAGACACCCUUGGUUUACCCGGCAAAACAGGCAUCUCACACCAGACGGCAGACUACGUGACCCCAUCAAAAUAGCCACAUCCAUGUUCGAAUCCCUCCACAUCGACCUUUCCCAGUCCGUCUCCCGCCCUAUGAACGGCGGCAGUUUCGGCGCGGACCGAAUGGAUAUCGACAUUGGCGACGACCUCGGCGCCGAGCACAGAAUUUCGUCAACACAACCCGAAGUCCCUCGAGGGGACAUGCUCAUCGACUGGGACGCGCCCCAUCUAACAGACGUCUUCUCCUCAAGCCAACCAACCAACAAACAGCCAUCAAGCAGCCUCUCCGCCGAAAUCCUCGAAGACGAGCCCUCCAUGUCGCAAUUCUCCCAGCACCCUUCCGUGCCACUCAGCCGCACCCAGAACGCCCAGCGCUUCCACGAUAUUGUUCCGUCGCGCUCAAUGGCCCGCUUCUUCUCCGCCUGGGAGCUUAAAUUGCUUGUUCCGCUUAUCUGCGAGGCGCUGCAUCGCCUUGGUGUUCCUGUCCCGACUGUCCCCGCUGUGUCCCCUGGUGAUAACUCUGCGAUGAUUCGCGUAAUCACGAGGGAUGGCAGGAUGUGCCCGUUGCAUGGUAAGGUGCUCAUCGAGUCUGUCUCUGAGGGCCUCUUCGAAAUUGAGUUUAUGAAGGGGAAGGGGGAUCCGCUUGAGUGGCGGAGGUUCUUUAAGAAAGUUGUCGUGCUCUGCAAGGAUGCGGUGUAUACACCUGAUACAUAG